AUGGCAUAUCUCCAGCCAUCGACCUGGCGCACGCUGGGGCUGUCAGUAGCAGUGAGCUACGCCGGUCUCGGCAUUUUCGACAUUCUUCUCCCGCACCAAGCGGCGAACCAUUUCUUCGGCCUGCCGCCGUCGGAUCCGGUUACGCGACUGAUGCCGCUUCUCGGGGCGCGGGGCCUGUCAAUCGCCGCGGCCUUAUUCGCGUUCGCGCGGCAGGGUAAGAACGCGGAGAUGGGGGUCGUGAUCCUGGCCGGGACGAUUCUCUGUCUCUGGGAUGCAGUCGCCAUUUGGCAGGCGCAGGGGCCACAGCUAGGCGGAACAAUCGCGGCCGGAAGUGUGGUCUGGACGGCUAUCGGCGUCGGACUGCUCUGGUCAUGA